GGGCGGAGGCAGUGGGGCAAGGCCGGGGCGGCGGCGGCGACGACGGAUCCGGUGGAACGGGCGAGGGAAGGGCCGAAGGACGCGGGGCCAGUUCGAGGAGGUGCGGUCGCGCUGGUGCGUGUCGGCGGGGAGCCAGGAUGGAUCACCACCAACCCGUCAGCCGCUACCAAGUGCUUCACAACGAGGAUGACCCCCCAGAGUCUUCAGCAGCUGAGCAGCCUUCCACGUCUACAGAGCCUACGCAGACUCCCCAGACAGCAGCCUUAUCUGAAGCAGAUACUUCCCCUCCACCUUACUGUAGCAUAGCUGUAGAAGCAGCUGCAACCCCAGCUUGUCAGGGAGGAGUGUGUCUGAAUCAGCACUUUGUUCAAAAUGAAACACACAAUGAAUUUUAUCCUGUACCACCUCCAUACAGCGUAGCUACCUCUCUUCCUACUUACGAUGAAGCGGAGAAAGCCAAAGCUGCAGCAAUGGCAGCUGCUGCAGCAGAAGUUGCCCAGCGACACGCCCAGUUUAGGGAGUCUAGGAGUCUGUUUGAUGAAAUAUUCCUCAGUCGACCAGAGGAAGAAGAGUAUCCACCACGUGAUGAUUUCAGUGAUGCAGAUCAGCUUAGAGUGGGCAAUGAUGGCAUCUUCAUGUUGGCAUUUUUCAUGGCAUUUAUUUUCAACUGGAUUGGAUUUUGUUUAUCCUUCUGUAUAACAAAUACAAUUGCUGGAAGGUAUGGUGCAAUCUGUGGAUUUGGUCUCUCCCUGAUCAAAUGGAUUCUCAUUGUACGGUUUUCAGAUUACUUUACUGGAUAUUUCAAUGGACAGUACUGGCUUUGGUGGAUAUUUCUUGUACUUGGACUACUUCUGUUCUUUCGAGGCUUUGUUAAUUAUCUUAAAGUCAGAAAUAUGUCUGAAAGCAUGGCAGCUGCUCACAGAACAAGAUUUUUUUUCUUGUACUGAAGACUGCACUGAACAGACAUUCCUUUCCUAUACCAGUGUGAAACUUCCAGAUGAUCUAUCUGUAACCCUCCGAGUUAAUAGGAUAGAAGACUGCUAAAACCAGAAGAAAAAUUAGUGAAGAUGCGGCUUCAGAAAUGAAUGACAGGAUGGUUCAUGUGCAAAUAUCAGUUCUGAUCAUUCUACUAAAUAUUUAUAAUUGCUGCCUUUUGUUUUAGCACAUUUGUAUAUGUGCUUAUUAAAAAUAUAGUAAGAAGUAAGAACAGACCAUCUGUUACUAUAUCCUAGGUACAGUCAGACUUGGCUAAUCUGUGCUUGUCGAAUCUGAAAGAUUAAAGUGGUAACUUAUUUCACAGCAUGUAUGUACCACUGACUUGUUGAUCUGAACUUUGAUUACAAUGAAAUGCAUUAAAUGAUUUGGAUUAAUCAGUUCAGACAGUUUUUUAUAUAAUUAGAUUAAUCUAAUGAUAGUGUAGGACAUUUUAAGUAUACUUAACCCCAAAGUUCCAUGUCACAAACUUGGUUUUGCCAAUAUUUUAUCAAAUUCAAACCGAUAUACUGGUUUGCUUAAAACUGAUACUCCACCUGUAAAUAACUCUGCAUAAAUGACUGAAUUGCUUCUUAGGAAAAAUAUCAAAAUAUAUUUUGUAAUGGCAUAUUCUCUAAGUUUUGUUUAAUCUUGGAGCUGCAUAUGUAUUUUUUGUUAAUUGGCUAUUAAGGGUAUAGUUACCAUUAGAUGUAAUUUUGGAGGUAAAGAAUUUUGUCUCAUCCUGACUUUCCUCACGUGAGUUAUUAUUAACUAGUUUGGGCUUGAGCCUGACAGUCAUCAUUCAUAUGCAUGAUCCUACUAGAAGAUAAGAGUUCAUUCAUGUUAGCAGGGAUGGACAGCCAUGCCUUUUUAGUCCUUGGUUAUGCAGUUGGUUCCUCGUAGGUGCACCUUUGUUCCUGAAACAGAGUAUUGAAGAUGUAUGUAACACUGGGUUAUACUCUUGGCUCUGUUUAAGAAGUCUUGAGUUCACUAUAAAUACAACAUCUACCCUGAGGGCUUCUCAAAGAAAAAUUAAAAAUUCAUGUAGCUAUCUUACAACGCUUGUUUACAAUAAAUACUUCACCACUUCCUAUGAAUAAACUAUUUUAAAUGCAAGAUAAUUUUGGAAAUAAUCUGUGAAGGAAAAAAAAAAAUCUUACUUUUAAGGUCUGAAAGUAAAAUGGGUGUUGCACCUCUCCCAGUAUUCAUUUAAGAUAGACCAUUACUUUCCUAUAAAUUUCAUCUCUUUAAGGGUUACUGUCUACCA